AUGGUAUCCAAAGCACAAAUUGUAGCUCUUUUCCUUUACUUCCUCUCCUCCACCUCCUCCGCCACCUACGGCCAAAAGCCCCGCCCUCGCCAGCCUUGCAACCAUUUGGUGUUCUAUUUUCACGACAUACUUUUCAAAGGGAAUAAUUACAACAAUGCAACUGCUGCCAUAGUUGGGUCUCCGGCAUGGGGCAACAAGACUGCCAUGGCGCAACCAUUUAAUUUUGGUGAUCUAGUUGUGUUCGACGAUCCCAUUACCUUAGACAACAAUUUGCAUUCACCUCCGGUGGGUCGGGCACAAGGGAUGUACUUUUACGAUCAGAGAAGUAUAUACGGUGCAUGGCUCGGAUUCUCAUUUUUGUUCAAUUCUACUAAGCAUGUUGGAACCUUGAACUUUGCUGGGGCUGAUCCAUUGAUUAACAAGACUAGGGACAUAUCUGUUAUUGGUGGAACUGGUGACUUUUUCAUGGCUCGAGGGAUUGCCACUUUGAUGACUGAUGCUUUCGAAGGGGAUGUGUAUUUUAGGCUUCGUGUCGAUAUUAAUUUGUAUGAAUGUUGGUGA